AUGUCAGCCGACACUGUGGCAAAAACCUUUUUUUCUGUAUGGAUUUCACGGUUUGGGGUACCCGAGUACGUUACCACGGACCAAGGACGGCAGUUCGAAUUUCAAUUAUUUACUGCAUUAAGAAAAUUCUUGGGAACUAAAAAGAUCCGUACAUCACCGUACCACCCGAAUUCCAAUGCACUUGUUGAGAGGUUCCAUCGCUCUCUUAAACAGGCCAUUAGAUGCCUUCCUACUGUGUUGUUAGGACUCAGAACGGCUAUCAAAGAGGACCUGGGUUCUUCAAGUGCUGAAAUGGUUUAUGGUACCAAUUUACGUUUACCGGGAGAUUUUAUAAAUCCCGCAAAAAACUCACCCAAUGUCCAGCCUCAUGCAUUCCUCAAACAAUUGCGUGAAACCGUGGCUGCGUUAUACCCUAAGCCCACAAGCAUACAUUCUUCAAGACCUGUGUUUGUGCCUAAAGAGCUCACUACAUCCUCACAUGUGUUCUUACGGGUGUGA